AAUCCAUCGCAGCAGUCAGCUGGCAACUUAUCGAGUAUGGAGCAUGAGAACAACGAAGUCAGCAAGCUUGUAAAAAAGAUUGUAAGCCUAAAUGUGGAUGAAAAUGAAGAGGAAAUUGCAGGUUUACUGAGAAACCUUAGGGCUUUGCUUACAAAAGGAAGAGAAAACCAGGAGACUUUGGCCAAAAUGACGGAGUUUGCAAAUUUUUUAGAUAUAGUGGCUUUUAAUCCACUGAUGCGAACUAAGCAUCGGAUCAUACACACUCUUUCACUCCAGGUGCUGGCAAAUAGCGUCGUAGAUAAUGAGACCAGCCAAUCCCUCACUUGGAAUCAGCAUGGCUCCAAGAUUUAUGAACAAGCUUUUGCCUCUCCUCUGGGCAGUUCGAACAAUGUGUUCCUGAUGAUCAUAUACAGCAUAUUUGUCAGUGGUCAGGGUAUUAUCAGCGAUCAGGUGGCGCUCCAGGUCUGCCUACGCCUAUGGCGGGCUAUUAUCAAAGAACAAAGCACCUACAACUUUGAGUAUCUGCACUUCCUCCUCGAACACUUCAUCGUACAAAAUGGUCGUUCCUGCGUGGCUUCUUACCAGAAACUAGAGACUGAAGAUCGUGUCGCUUUCCUUGACUAUGUGGCUCACUACCUACAAGAAAAUAGUCCGAACGGCGAUGUGGCCCUGUUCCUCUUACAGCACUUUGCCAAGGAAUUCCGCCUUAAAUCUGAUUGCCUUCUGCGCGAAACCGUCAAGUUGAAACAUGAGCUUCAUCCUAGAGAGGUUCACACACUGCUACGCAUCAUUGCCAGCGCCAGUGGCUCUGAAAAGUACGACAAAGUUUACUCCUCGGACCAGUCGCUGUUUAUCAACGUUAGUAGCCUGCUGAGAUGCGUGGUGUCCGCCGGCAAGGAACCGGAUGGUGGGGGUCUGGAUAAACCUAUGACCAAGCUUGAAGAGGUAGCUCUCACUUCAGGCAUUGAUGCGGGAUACGAAAAGAAAGUUUCUUAUGAACUAAAGACGCUUCUUGUGCGCUGUACGGCCAAUCUUUUGUGUAACAACAAAGCAAACAAGGGUUAUUGCCUGGACACACAACUACUGCCCUCUUUACUCGAGUGUACCACCAUGGAUGCUCGGAAUCCCUUGAUGCGAGAGUGGAGUAUCCUGGCCAUCCGCAACGCCUGCGUCAACUGUCCGGAGGCUCAGCAGGUGAUUGCUGGCCUUACCAUGCAGGGCUCGGCGCCCAAUGACAUCCUAACCGAACUCAACCUGGAAAUGGGAGCACUCCGCAUCUCGGACAAACAAGAAUAACUCACGAAGCCAGAAUAAAGAAUCAUCGACCCAUAUGAAUUUGGCAAACGAGGCACGACCACUGGCUGGCCAACAAGUGGUUAGAUGAUGUUCGCACCACGUCAUCCUCUGUCCAACCGUUGCCCCUUUUCGGGCUUUACGAUGCGCUAAUGGUAUGCCAACAGAUAGCCAACGGCAUUCAUAAACGCGAUGUCAACGUUUAAUGGCCGAGCGGGGGAACACGUCGGACGGCUAGCGUGGCUAGCGAAGAUAUAAAAAUAGCUGCCCAUGUACCAUGCUCUGUGUACCAUUAAAAAAGAGAUGUCUAAAUCCA